AUGCGUCAUAUGGCACAUAAAGAUUCGAGCACAACCUUUAACGUGGCUAUGGUAUUAUUUGAGAAUUUGUGUGAAAAUAAAACUUUGUUCAUGUAUCCCGAUCCUGCUCCAAGUCUCGAUGAAGAUAUCGACCAGUCAAAGUUACCGUCAAUGCCUGAAGAUGACCCAAACGGUAAUGUGAACUCGGUGAUGGGUGCCGCAGCGCCAAGAUGGGGUCCUCAACACGCCGGAGCGAAGGCGUUGGCAUCCAUGUACAGUAGAGAGAAACGUUUGCAAGAACAAGUGUCUAUCGUUGUCGCGUCCGUUCUCUUCGUCUUGGUGUUCGUGAACUUACUAAGGAGCUGGGAUUCUUCUAUUUGGGGUUCAGUGCUAAUUUGUGCCGUACUUGGAGUGAUGACAGCAGAUUUCGCAUCUGGUUUAGUUCAUUGGGGAGCUGACACGUUUGGCAGUGUGGAUACAUACUUUGGUAGGAUGUUCAUUCGGCCGUUUCGUGAACAUCAUGUGGAUCCGACGGCUAUCACUCGACAUGACUUUGUGGAGGUGAACGGCGACAAUUUUAUGCUCUGCAUUCCAAAUCUAACGCACAUAUUCUAUCAGCAACUCACCAUGGAACAGGAACAGUUACGACAAUGGGCCGCACUGCAUUGGUACAUCUUGUUACUCGGUAUCUACGUGGCGAUGACAAAUCAGAUCCACAAAUGGUCGCACACCUAUUUCAACCUUUCUCGUUGGGUCGUGUUACUUCAGAAAGCGCACAUAAUACUGCCACGGUCUCAUCAUAAAAUUCACCACAUCGCUCCACAUGCAUGUUACUAUUGCAUUACUACCGGAUGGUUGAAUUACCCUUUGGAAUGUAUUGGUUUCUGGAGGAGAGCCGAAACCGUAGUGACAGCGUUGACGGGAAUGAAACCUAGAGAAGACGAUUUAAAAUGGGCGACAAGGCUUCACUAA